AGACUGACAGCCUUACAGACUGAUAGCAAUCGGAUUCGGAGAGUCGUUGCUGUUAAACGGACUACAUUAAAAACCGCAAAAGAGUCGAUUUUACUCUUCGAUAGAUAUGUACGUACAUUUUAGUGAGAAGAGAGCCGCAAUGGUAGGCGUAGCUUUGUCCUUGGCUUAUUGUUUACUGACUUUUUGCUCGGUUGAAUGUGCCGAUUCUAGCAAAGAGUCGGUUGAACAUGUAAACAUCACAGUUAACGUCACUACUCAGGAGCCUGCAAUCACUAAAAACACAGCAAAUCAUACUUUAAACAGUCUGAAUUUGGACGGCUCUAUGAUCCAGAGGGCUUUAUACGUGCUUAUCGGCAUCACCAUUAUAGGAGUGCUUUAUUUCCUUGUUCGCGCAGUUCGUCUGAAGAAAUCUUCUACAACAAGAAAAAAAUAUGGACUUCUGGCAAACUAUGAUGACACGGUGGAGAUGGCACAGCUGGAAAGUGAUGAAGAUGACAACACUGUGUAUGAAGCCAAAUCACUGAGAAGAUGAGUCCUGAGGGCCAAGAGGAAAGGACAAUGAAGCAAUAAAGUGGAAUGGACCAAACAAAUGACCAAAAAGAGCAUCUGGACCUCGGGCUGUGGUGUGUUUGGAGCGUUAUCUUUGGUCAUAUUUUAUAUUAAAACUGCUUACCACAAGCCUCCGCUGCUGUGAAACUGUGCAAUGUGUUCUGUACCAGAUAAAUUCCUGGAGUUGUGAUGCUCUA